AUGUCCCCUGCACCUCUCAGCCGUUUUUGGGACUGCGGAAGCACGGCGUGGAGCCUCGGCUGGAGGCCAAGCGAAGGCUGCGAGCGCUCCCCUUCUCCCCGUGUCUCGCUGGGGUUCGCUGCCAGGCGGUUUUCCCCGUCCCCCUCGCCCCGGCCAAGGUCACAGCGGGGCUGGGAGCUGCCGGCGGGCGAGCACUGGAAAUACAGCGUUUCCUGCGCCACGAACGACUUCCUAAGCAAACUGCGGCACCAGGCGCAGAGCGAGCGGUUCGGGUACAAGGAGGUAAAGUCGAGAGUUGUUUUCUGCGUCUACCCACAGCGAUUCGGGGCCGAGCGGGCGGUGGUUUUGAAAGGCGAUGCCCGGAGGCUGAACCUGCACGGGGUGAGCGCGAAGCUGGAAGCUGCCAAGACCCAGGAGUCUCUGGGUGUCCGUGUGGUGGGUCCCAUCUUGCGCCGUGUGAUGGCACCCAUCUACAUCUUUGCUGCAACGCACGUUGUGGAGAGGCCCUGGACAAACGCGAGGUCUCAGUCGGUGGCACAGGAGCUGCUGGCAUCGCUGGUCCAGGCUGCAGGCUGCGGGUCGGUGGCUGAAUUCCUUCGGGGAAAGAGCGAAGAUGAGGAAGGAAGAUUUGCAGCAGUGAUGGAGCUCCUGAAGCAGGAGUUAACCAAAGACACUUGGAAGCGUAACCCUGCCACCAAGUUUGUGUUCUCCUGGACGCUGCCGCACGUCAGCCGGCCCUGGCUUAGCCAUUACCUGGAGCGUGUCCUCCCACCGUCGCUGCUCAUCUCGGAUGACUACCGGGAGGAGAAUAAAAUCCUGGGUGUGCGCUGCCUGCAUCAUAUCAUUCUCAAUGUGCCAGCUGCCGAUCUGUGCCAGUUCAACAGGGCUCAGGUUGUGUACCACGCCCUCUACAACCAUCUCUACUCCCGAGAGGCCCCUCUCAUCCAGGCAGUACUGCUGUGCCUGCUGGACUUGCUGCCCAUCCUGGAGAGAGCGUGGCGGCAGCAGAAGCAGGCCAGACCAGCGGCCCCCUGCGACGAGGUGCUGCAGCUGGUUCUGACCCACAUGGAGGCAGAGCAUCGCCUCGCGCUGCGGCGGGGGGAAGCCCGGGCGGUGGCCACCUGUGUGCGGCGGGGCCUGGGGUAUCUGGAAGUCUGCGAUGGCCCCGAGGAAGAAGCCCGACUGGGAAUACUGGAGACACUGCAAUGCACCAUAGAGCACGCUUGGCCCAGGAUGCCGUGCAGACUCCCUGUGCUCCUCAAGGCCCUGCUGAAGAUGAUCUGGGACGUACACACAGACCAAGGCUCCACGCCAGAGCCGGUAAAAGCCACCUUGCUCCAGGGAGCCACUGAAUGCCUCAUCCUGCUGGAUCGCUGCUCUGAAGGGCAAGUGAAGGUCCUGCUGGAAGGCGUGUACAGCAGCUGUGAGGAGAACCGCGUACGGGAAUGCAUCAGAAAAGUGCAAGAGAGCACGUGAGGCGUGGCCGAUCAACGCUCGCCCUGCUUUUUGUACAGUAAACUUUUGUAUUUAUUU